AUGGCCACGCAGACCGAGGGCACCUUUGAGGUGGACGGCCAUAAGCUUCACAGCACAACAUGGACGCCCGAGGGUCCCAUCAAGGCCAAGCUGGUCUUCGUACACGGCUUCAGCGACCACGUGGGACGGUACGACGAGCUCUUCCCCAACCUCGCCGGCCGCGGCAUCCAGGUCUUUAGCUGGGACCAGCGCGGAUGGGGCCGCAGCGCCGCGACCAAGUCCGAUCGGGGCCUCACGGGCCCGACGUCGCGCGUCCUCGCCGACGUGGCCGCCUUUAUCAAAUCCAAGAUCCCGGCGUCCCCGCCGGACGCGCCGCUCUUCGUCAUGGGCCACUCCAUGGGCGGCGGCCAGGUUCUCGCGCUGGCCAGCGACCCGCAGUACCACGACCUCGUCGGCCAGGUGCGCGGCUGGCUCCUCGAGAGCCCCUUCAUCGCCUUUACGCCCGGCGAGGAGCCGAGCUUCUUGAAGGUCUUCUUCGGCAAGCUCGCGAGUAAGGUCCUGCCCAAGCAGCAGCUCGUCAACGAGAUCCCCGCCGAGCACCUUACGCGCGAUAAAUCGGCGCAACAGAGCAUCCGCGACGACGACCUCAUGCACAACACGGGCACGCUCGAGGGACUGGCGGGCAUGCUGGAGCGGACGGACCAGCUUGCGCAGAACAAGCUGACGCUGAGCGGCAACGUCAAGAGUCUCUGGCUGGGUCACGGCACCGAGGACAAGACGACGUGCUUCAACGCUAGCAAGAAGUGGUUCGGCGCGCAAACGACGAUCGAGGACGGGCACCAUAAGCCGUACGAGGGGGCGUAUCACCAGCUGCACGCGGAUUUGUGCAAGGACGAGUUCUUCAAGGAUGUUGGGGAUUGGAUCCUUGAGAGGGCUGGAGAGCCUGCGGCGGCGGCGGCGGCGGCGAAGCCUGAAUCCAAGCUGUAG